AUGGAUACUUUUAACAAGCAUCUUGCUUUCGACUUUCGUGCCAUUCAAGGGAAAGAACUUGGAAUUGCGCCAGUCUUUUCAAAGACAGUGCGUCCCGGCCGCGCACAAAAAUCUUCUCACUCGCCAAGCAUUUUUACUCGUACAUCAAAAGUCGUUACAGGCGCGCCGAAGACUCUUUGCCUUCCCCGUCUCCUAGCCAUCGCUGAUCUCAACUCCGCAUUUCUUGUGCGGCACGAACGUCCAUGGGACACCUAUCAAGAAAUCUUUCACGCGGAUCUUGCCGGCGAAGUCAUCUUUGCUAGCCGACGCACACACCGAUCCCGCAUUGUGGCCAUUCGAAAGUAUCAGAGGCAGGACGCUCGCCGUUUGAUCGACCGAUUCGGUCACCUAGAGCAUGCCAAUGUACUGAGACUCCAUGAAUGCUAUCUACACGAUGAUUCUGGAUUCUUCUUGCUAGAUGACUUGCCCUUCACUCUAGGGUUGGUUUCAGAGGCUCCCCAGGUUCGUCCGAAUGAAAAGGAGCUGAGCGCUAUAUUGUCUCAGGUCAUCAGUGGGAUGCAAUAUUUGCACUCAUUUGGACUCACUCAUCAAUCGCUUGGUUGCGGGGAUUUUCUACUUGGACUGGACGGAGCUGUCAAGAUCGCACGCUUAGAGCUCUGUGUAGACUGCACGCCAGAUCAGGCUGAGCAGGCGUACCUGUCAAUGAUUCCAUCACUGGCCUUGCAGCUCAUGCACAAAGAUCAGGAGAGCGAAGAAACUCGCAUCGCACAUUGGCCGAUCAGGUGUGCUGCAAGCCAAUUCCUGGCUGUUGCCACAUCGGCAAAGUCAAUUCUGGCACUUCAAAUGGAACAUUUUAUCGCCAGCAAUGCUCAUGAUGGGAAAGAGCUCGCUAGCCUUGUUAUGCAACUCCUCUGCUUUCGAUAG